AUGGCAGAUGUGGCGUUGGACAUUGGAAGCCGUCUGACGAAGGUGUACUUGGGCGGUAACGCCACACGCAAAUGUGUAUUCGAAACCCCGCCCGCGGUCCAGAGGAUGAAGGAGCGCUUUGACCACACAUCUACCCGCGCGGAGUUGGACUCUUUCUUACACAGAGUAAGUUGCGCUGCAUGUCUGUGGGGAUCUCAUGGGUGCGUUGAGGUAUUGUCGAGCGCCGACGACUCCCCUUUGUUUACUCAAUAUGUGAUGCGUUGGCUCUCCUCUGUCUCACUCGACAGACAGCCGAUGCUUAGGGACGCCCACUCAUGGCUCUUGGGAGCGCACGGAUUAACGGAUGGCUGUGUUGUGGACAUUGGUUAUGGAGCUACACGCAUUGUUCCAAUUCUUUGUGGCAUUCCUGUAGUGGAGGCUAUUACAAUCGGCAGAGGGAUGCGGGUGUUGCUUGCCCCUUCCCCGGAGGGCGUGGUGGCGUCGCUCGUCUCCACCUCGCCGCCAUCGAGCCCACCGCAGUUGCAGAUUCCUGCGGAGGAAGUGGCUCAAUGGAUCAUUGCCCAUGUGGAAGAGGCCAUGCUGUUGUGCAACUCGCAAACGCAGCGUCCAUUCGUGUGUGGUGUCUUUCUACUGUCGGGUGGCGGUAUUGCGGUGAGGGAAUUGCUGGAGGGACUUCAAAGUGCCAUUCAGACGAGUCGGCCCUACGCACAUGUUCUGGUCUUUGAUGAUUCUGUUCCGAUGUUGUGUGCCUCUGUUUUCAGUCGUUGA